AUGUUCGAGUACUAUGAGGAACCUCCAUCCACCAAUGACCUGCUGUCGCUAGUGUACAUUUUGGAAGGUAAUGUGGACAGGAUUGCUUUCACAUCAAAGAUGGAUCCAGAGGUUUUUCCGAAGGAGCACACAAUCCCUGCCAAGUAUGCAGAGGUCCUGUCCUCUUUCUCAAGCUUCCUAAACUUUUACAGGGAUCUAAAGGAGGAGGGAGAGCAUUCGGAAGUCAUAGCCUACUACAAGCUGAAACACAACAGGAUGUCGUUUAUGGCUUUGCACUCAAAAUACGUCCAGCUUACAAAAAGGCCAGGCCAAGAAGAAGAUGCAGCCUACUACAACAAGAACCUUUAUAGAACCCUACUAGAGUGCAACGAGUAUGCAUCUAAUAGAGGAUCCUCAGAUAUGUUCCUGGCACCUUUCUACAUAAGCCGGUUUUUCAAGCAGAAUGGGGAGCUCGAAAAGUCUAGGAGGCUGAGAAAGGAGGCAAAAAGAAUAGCAAGGAUCUCAAACAGGCUGGGCAUCAUUCGGGAAAUAGACAGUAAAACACCGGGCCCGCAGGCAAGAGACCCUCCUAAAUAA